AGCUGCGCUGCAAGCUGCAAGGCCCGCGGCAUGUGUGAGAAGCGUGAAGGCGGCGCGCGCCCCGGCCACGUUUUUGUCGUCGUAAUCGUAUGGUGAUCGAGUUCUCGUAGUGUGAUUGGUACUUGAAUGUUAGUGAAUGCAUGUUUCCGAAGGAUGGAGAGAGGACGACAAUGAUUUCGACCAGAGCCUUCAGCUGAAAUUUGUUUCCACUGGACACUGUCUUCACAAUGACAGCGAAAGAAGGCAUUAUUCAUGCCGCAUCACCGGCUGAGCUUGUCCAGAAGUUUGGCGGAGAUCGUGUAGUCGACAGGGUUCUUAUCGCCAACAAUGGCAUUGCUGCUGUCAAGUGCAUGCGCUCACUUCGCCGCUGGGCGUACGAGAUCUUUGGCAAUGACCAUGCCAUCUUCUUUGUCUCCAUGGUUACACCGGAAGACUUGAAGGCUAAUGCGGAGUACAUCAAGAUGGCCGACCAGUAUGUGAUGGUACCUGGUGGUAGCAAUAAUCACAACUACGCAAACGUUGAAGUCAUCGUCGAUGUCGCACUCCGCACCAAUGUGCAGGCUGUUUGGGCUGGCUGGGGUCAUGCAUCUGAGUACCCGCGUUUGCCUGAAUCGUUGCUUGAGCACGACAUUGCUUUCAUCGGUCCCCCUGCUCAGGCUAUGCGUGCACUGGGUGACAAGAUUGCGUCGUCCAUUGUCGCCCAGACCGCCAAUGUACCUACUCUGCCGUGGAACGGUUUAGAUCUGACCAUUCCCGGAGUGGAUUCUCUACCAGCCGGUACCAUCGUGACCGUGCCACAGGAUCUCUAUGAGAAAGGUUGCGUGGAGGAUGCUGCUAGCGGUUCAGAGGCGGCGCUUCGCAUUGGCUACCCAGUGAUGAUCAAAGCUUCGGAGGGUGGUGGUGGAAAGGGUAUCCGUCGCUGUGAUACAGACGCUGACUUUCCCAUGAUGUUCAGACAGGUCCAACUGGAGGUACCCGGCUCACCCAUCUUCAUCAUGAAGCUGGCCACAAAUGUUCGUCAUCUUGAAGUCCAGCUGCUUGCUGACAAGUACGGAAAUGCCAUCUCACUUUUCGGCCGUGACUGCUCCAUUCAGCGCCGUCAUCAGAAAAUCAUUGAGGAAGCACCUGCCGGUAUUGCUGAUCCCGAUGUUUUCGUCGAGAUGGAAAAGGCUGCUGUACGUCUAGCUAAGAUGGUGGGAUACGUCAGUGCUGGUACUGUGGAGUACCUGUACAGUGCUGAUGGUGGCUUCCACUUUCUCGAGCUAAACCCGCGCCUGCAGGUCGAGCAUCCGUGCACGGAGAUGGUCGCUGACGUCAACCUCCCGGCCUGUCAGCUGCAGGUUGCGAUGGGCUUGCCUCUCAAUCGUAUCAAGGACAUCCGCAUUCUCUAUGGCCAGUCACCUUGGGACAACACAGAGAUUGAUUUUGAUAACCCUGUCCCUCGUCCUGUGUGUCAUGGUCAUGUCAUCGCAGCUCGCAUCACAUCGGAGAAUCCCGACGAGGGCUUCAAACCAAGUGGUGGCAAUGUCACUGAACUUAAUUUCCGCUCCAACAAGAACGUGUGGGGCUAUUUCAGUGUGGCUGCCAGUGGUGGUCUGCACGAGUUCGCCGACUCUCAGUUUGGGCAUAUUUUCGCCUGGGGCGAGGAUCGAGAAGAGGCCCGAGAGAAUAUGGUGGUAGCCCUGCGGGACUUGUCCAUCCGUGGCGACUUCCACACCACGGUCGAGUACCUAGUCAUGUUGAUGGAGACGGAGAACUUUCUGAACAACACCUUCCACACUGGUUGGCUGGAUCAGCUGAUUGCAACGAAGGCCCGAGUGGAGAAGCCAGACCCGCUGUCCGGGGUUGUGUGCUGCGCAUUACACGUGGCACACAAUGAUAUCAAUGGCAGUGUGCAAGAGUACAAGUCUUCCAUUGAACGUGGCCUAUCCCCCACACCGGAAAGCCUUGUUUCUAUGAUCGACGUCGAAUUGAUCAAUGAUAACGUCAAGUAUAUCAUGAAGGUCACACGUAGCAGUCAAAGCUCCUACUUUUUACUCAUGAACGAAUCGUCGCUGGAAGUCGAAGUUCACAGGAUGACUGAUGGUGGCUUGCUUCUCUCGACUGGCAGUAACAGCUUUACUACGUACAUGAUUGAUGAAGUUGAUAGGUAUCGUGUUGUGGUCAACGGCAAAGCAGUCGUGUUCGAGAAAGAGAGAGAUCCUACAAAGCUACGAUCACCGUCAACAGGAAAGCUGCUUACGUUUGUUGUGGCUGAUGGUGGUCAUGUCAAUGCCGAUGAUCCGUACGCAGAGAUUGAGGUUAUGAAAAUGGUGAUGACGUUACGAGUGUCCGAAGCUGGCAAGGUGGUGCAGAUGAAGAGACCCGGCGCUGUUCUUGAUGCCGGUAUGAUCAUAGCUCAGCUGGAGCUGGAUGAUCCUGGUGCUGUGAAGCAGCUGACUUUGUACAAGGGCCCUCUGCCGUACAUGCUCUUCACCGCGUCCAGCCCGUCCAGACGACCACUGCAGAAAUUCCAGGCAGCUAUCAAGAAGCUAAAUGACAUACUAGAUGGCUACUGCAUUCCAGAGCCGUACCUGUCUCAGAUAGUGCAACUUCAUGUUGAGAACUUGAUGGAAUCACUCUACUGCCCAGAGCUGCCGCUAUUGGACAUGCAGGAUGCACUGUCAUCACUGGAGAACCGGUUGCCGGCUCGUCUGCUCAGCGACAUCCGUGCCCUGCUCCAGGCGUACUCCAGGCACGAAUCCGCACCAUUUCCUUUUGACAAGAUUGCUUCACUGAUCGACAAUCAUACGCUGGCAAUCAAGAAGCACUCAGAGCGAGAGCGGUUCAUCAUCGAUACGCAGACCAUCGUGGAACUGCUAAAGAGAUAUCGCGGUGGUGCACGUGGUCACCAGAUGGACAUUGUUGUGCAGUUCCUUCGCCGCUACAUGGACGUAGAGGAGAAGUUUGCCAUUGGCUCUUUUGAUAAGUGCCUGGACAAGCUGCGCGAGAACAAUCGCGACCAGAUGGAAAAGGUUGUGCAGUACGUGCUGGCUCAUCACAACGUGACCUCGCGUAACGUUCUCAUUCUGGCGCUACUUGAAUGCAUCAGCCAGUACAAGAUGACAGUGACGGGUGACCUGCAGGAUGUGCUGACAUCACUAGCUGAGCUCUCGUCACCAGGCACGACUCGUGUGGCACUCAUAGCACGUACCACUCUGAUCUCCUCCAUGCAGACACCGUACGAGGAGGUGUAUCGGCGAGUGGAAAUGUCCCUGGCGCAAGCAGAUUUCUCCCAGAGCAACGGACAGGUCAAGACUCUGGUCGAAUCAACGUCAUCCAUCUUCAACGUACUGGUCGAGUGCCUGUUCAGCGAGAACGCACGUGUUGCUAGCAAUGCUCUGGAGGUUUAUGUACGCCGAUCCUACCUAGCUUAUAAGCUGACAUCCCUGUCUGUGCAGACGGCGAAAAAUGGCACUCCCAUGGCAGAGUUCAAGUUUAUGCUGCCUGCAUCACAUCCGAAUAUCGUUAAACGAUCUCGAGGUUCUCUGGCAUCCAUUUAUCGUAGCGACUCGAUUGACGAGAACUCUGCUGUGACCUUCCGUUUGUCUGAUGUACGCACCUCAGACUCACGGACUUCACUUACCAGCCGGAAUUCCCAAGAGAAGAUACAUUCUUUCGGCGAUGGCACAUCAGUGGACGGCGGUGCUGUGCAUGUCAGCCGCAUAGGUGUCAUGGUGGCCUUUCUGACGCUAGAGAGUCUCGCUGAGAGCUUCAACUCAGUUAUGGACACGUUCGCAAAUCAUCAAAGCGCUCCGACGGGCUCCGCUACUUUGUCAAUUGGUCUGCGCAGGGCCAGGAUGUCACUGCAGUCGUUCGCUGGGUACUCCUUGGCAGAUCAUACGACAUCGACUAGUUCUGAAGGUGAUGAAGCGGAGCCAUGUCACAUUGUCAACAUUGCCUUGCUCCAUUCGCCGGUUAGUGCUGGUUCUGAUGACAACACCACACUGAAGGUGCUGCAAGACUUCCUUGCACCCAAGAAAUCCGUACUGCGUAAUCAUGGCAUCCGCCGUGUCACCUUCAUUGUCCACCAAGACACACGGCUGCCAAAGUACUUUACAUUCCGUUCAUCCGAAGACUUUGGCGAGGACUCCAUCUAUCGUCACCUGGAGCCUGGCCUUGCCUUCCAGCUGGAGUUGAAGCGGCUGAUGAACUUCAACAUUGAGUUGAUCUCAACGCCUUUCCAUCACAUGCACCUGUACUUUGGUGCCGCUAAGGUACCGGCCGGGCAGAAAGUGACCGAUCAUCGAUUCUUUGUGCGCUUCAUUGUGCGCGAUUCCGACUUCAAUGGAGAUAUGCAUGCAUCAUAUGACUAUAUGGAGACGCAGGGUGAGCGUCUUCUACUGGAGGCGCUCGACGAGCUAGAAGUCGCCAUGGGCAAUAAGAAGUUCCCUAAGACCGACUGCAAUCACAUCUUCUUCAACUUUGUGCCGCCUAUUCUGGUCGACGUUGACAAGCUGGAGGCACAGCUACGUGGCCUAGUUGCACACCACAGUCGCCGGCUAUUGCUGUUACGGGUCACGGAGUGUGAAAUGAAGCUGACUAUGAAGCUGACGACGCACGGCAAGAACAUACCAGUGCGUGUGUUCAUCACCAACGACAGUGGCUACUUUGUCAACAUGGACAUGUACCGCGAGGAGGAGGAUCCUCAAAGUGCUGGCUUGAUCUUCCGCUCAUUUAACCGCAAGCACGGUGAAGGACCAUUGAACGGUCUUCCGACGAUAAAGCCGUAUGAAACCAAGGAUUUAUUGCAAAGUCGACGGUAUGCAGCACAGACUAUGAACACUACAUACGUCUACGACUUCCUCAAUUUGUUCUAUCAGGCUGUGAGAACACACUGGCGAGAACAUGCCGAGAAAGGACACUGCUCUCCCAGUGACAUACCAAUCAAGCUGCUUGAGUCCAAGGAGUUGGUGUUGAAUGAGCAAGGACAGUUACAGGAGCUUACACGUGCCCCGGGCAGCAGUACGGUCGGUAUGGUGGCGUGGAGGCUGACUCUGUUCACGCCUGAGUGUCCCGAAGGACGAGAUGUGAUUCUGAUCAGUAAUGACAUCACUCAUCAGAUUGGCUCAUUCGGUCCGGAUGAAGACAUGCUGUUCAAUGAAGCAUCUCUUCUUGCUCGCUCUCUGGGCUUGCCUCGUCUCUACAUUGCUAGUAACAGUGGUGCCAGAAUCGGCUUGGCCGAUGAAGUCAAGCGGAUGUUCCAGGUUGCCUGGGUCAAUCCCGACAAGCCCGACGAGGGCUUCAAGUACCUCUAUGUGACACCAGCAGACUACAAGAAGAUCUGCAACGAGAGCAGUAUCAACGCCAAGUUAAUCGAGGAUGAAGGCCAGAGUCGCUAUAUGAUCCUGGAUAUCUAUGGUCGGCAGCAUGGCCUCGGUGUGGAGAACUUGCGCGGAUCUGGCAUGAUUGCGGGCGAAUCAUCACAGGCGUAUGAUGAGAUCUUCACAUUGAGCUUGGUGACUUGUCGCACAAUUGGCAUUGGUGCGUAUCUGGUUCGUCUCGGUCAGCGCGUGAUCCAAGUAGACUCGUCACACAUCAUUCUGACUGGAGCGGCAGCUCUGAACAAGGUACUCGGUCGCAAUGUAUACUCCUCCAAUGCUCAGCUUGGCGGCACGCAGAUCAUGCACCAGAACGGUGUCAGUCACCUGACUGUGUCCAAUGAUUUUGACGGCGUAGUUGCCAUGGUGAAGUGGCUCAGCUACGUGCCAAAGUCGCGAUCAUCACCGUUGCCCGCGCUACCCGUGUCCGACCCUAUCCACCGUCACAUUGAGUUUGUACCAACCAAGGCGCCGUACGAUCCUCGGUUCAUGCUGGCUGGAAGAACCAAGACAGACUCCGGCUGGGAGAGUGGUUUCUUCGACCGCGGUUCAUUCUGCGAGACCCUGAAGCCAUGGGCGCAGACUGUAGUGUGUGGACGAGCUCGCCUCGGUGGCUUACCUGUCGGUGUUAUUGCUGUGGAGACGCGUUCCGUGGAGCUGACUGAGCCUGCUGACCCGGCCAACCCUGACUCUGAGACGAAGACGGUCAGCCAGGCUGGGCAAGUGUGGUAUCCGGAUUCAGCCUUCAAGACGGCACAAGCCAUCCGUGACUUCGACAGGGAAGGCCUUCCGCUGUUCAUUUUCGCCAACUGGCGAGGCUUCUCUGGUGGCAUGCGAGAUAUGUUUGAGGAAGUGCUGAAGUUUGGUGCGCUCAUCGUCGAUGCACUACGUGUGUACCACCAACCCUGCUUUGUGUACAUACCACCGAGAGGUGAGCUGAGAGGUGGUGCCUGGGUCGUGCUCGAUCCCACCAUCAACCCCGACGCCAUGGAGAUGUACGCAGACAACGAGAGCAGAGGUGGCGUUCUUGAGCCGGAGGGAAUUGUUUCCAUCAAGUUCCGAGCGGGAGACAUUCAGAAGUGCAUGCAUCGGCUGGAUCCACUGUGUGUACAGCUCUCCGCCGGCCUCAAGGCAAAAGACCUGAGUGCUGAAGAGAAGGACACGUUGACAAAGAAGCUUGCGCAGCGCGAGCAGUCCAUCUCACCAAUGUACCAGCAGAUUGCUGUCAAGUUUGCCGACUUACACGACACGGCCGGACGCAUGCUGGAGAAGAAUGUUAUCCAUAGAGCCUUGGACUGGCGGUCAUCGCGCACGUUCUUCUUCUUCCGGUUGCGACGGCGGCUGGAAGAGUUUGAUUUCUGGCGGCAUUUGGAGUCCAAGGACAAAACAUACACACAGCAGAAAUCCAUUACCCUCCUCCAUCGCUGGUUCCUGGAAGAAUUUGGAGAAGCGAAGGCUCACCUGUGGGCGAACAAUGAAUUUGUCGCCAACUGGAUGCAGAAGCAGAUGGCUGACAGUAACUCCAUACUGCGUCAGAAGUUGCGACGUGUCGAGCGCGAUGCAAUAUCAGAACAAGUAUCAAGUAUCGUGGAACAGAACUCUGGCAUGGCCCUAGAGCUGGCUCUGAAGGUCGUCGAACACCUGUCGCCAACGCAAGUCUCCCGCCUCUCGCAGAUCCUGGGUCCUCAGAGUGUUGAGGGACGCCGGUCUAAGACCUUACUGCACCAGGCGGCCGGCUCUAGUCCAUUACCCACACCAGACCUAUAAGGCCCUGCCUGGCCCGGGGGUGUCCCCCCCCCCCCAGGAUGCAGCUGCGCCGCCGCUAUUCUGCUGCUGCUGCUGGCUAGCUUGUUUCGAUGAAGCUUUUGCCUUUUACCCUAUUUCCUGUACAGUUUCCUUUCCAUCCAUCAGAUGAGCCAAUCUGCUGAAUGGCUAACACUAUGUAUAGGACCUCGCUGCACGGACACCCUGCUGCCCGUGGCGAGGAUAGAUGGUUUCCGUACGUGCAGAAGUGUCUUUAUCACCACCACAUAUCAUCCCUGCCCAGUGAAGCAGGUAGAAGCCACCAGGUGAAGAGCUGCUGUCGAGCCCAGCCGUCCAGAGUCCCAUGCCUGGACUAGGAUUUUUUUUCAAUUUAGAUCCGAAUACAAUGUAGACAUACCUAUUUAAAAACAAAACUUAGAGAGAACAGCCUACCCGUAGGGCUGACUUGGAGGGCGCUAACAAGCCAUAAGGCCCUCCCUGCCACGCGCUAACCUAUAAUUAAAGCAAAACAUAGAGAGAAGUGGAAAUCUGUUUGUAGGCAUUUCUUUUCAAACUAAAUAUUUACGCUUUGAUCCCUAGUUCCCUGUCUAAGUGACUCUAUUUUCUAUAAUUAAUUUAAAACGAAAUUGCCAUUGACCACUAGUUAUGUCCCAUUGCCAAAUUCUUUUGAGCCGUCAAGUCUAACAAGUUACAACUAUGUUGUAGUCGUCGUCGUUGCUGUUGUUGUCGUGUUCUGGCUUUCUUGAAAGUUUGUAUCCAGUUCGGUGCUAUUUUUUUUGAAGUCAGCUAUUGGUAAUGUCCAAAACUGCUCUGUGUUUUGUAUUAGGAAAUAUUAUAUUUUUGUCUUCCCACAUCUAUUUUGUGUCAGUCUUGUGGCGGCACAAUACAGAUGCACCUUCUUAGUUCA